AAAUGUACAAACAAUUUUGUGUUCCAAUUGUUCUCACUACUCUUAGUGUGAUAGUUACAUCGCAUACUAUCAUUAACAGACCAAAGGUUACAUCUACAUCAGAUUCAGGUGUUUGUUUCUAUGGAGCGACUGCAGAAAGAGUACUAAAUAUUUUGGCAACUGGAGAAUAUAGACAACUAGUGCCUUCAGUGCGUAAACCGAAAGACUGUUCAGAUUUGGACCCUAAACAUGACCCGAGUGGAGUGUAUAGAAUAUAUCCUACUACAGGACGAGGAUUCAAGGUUUAUUGUGAUAUGACGACCGAUGGGGGACGUUGGACAGUUCUUAUCAGACGAAUGGAUGGUUCUCAGAAUUUUAAUAAAAAAUGGAUCGAAUAUGAAAAUGGAUUUGGAGACCUCAGUCGAGAAUUUUGGUUGGGAAACAAAUAUCUGAAUAUACUGACAUCGAUUGAAAAAACUGAAAUGAGAGUCGAUAUGGAAAAUUUUAAAGGUGGAAAGAGAUUUGCCAAGUACUCAACAUUCAAGGUUGGAGAUGCUGCCUCGAAGUAUAUACUGAGCAUCGGGGAAUUUUCUGGGAAUGCUGGUGAUGCUUUUGGAUCCAAGAAUCACAACGGAAAAAAGUUCACUACACCUGACCAAGACAAUGAUACAUGGGGCAAAAGCUGUGCAUUUAUGGAUAACAGAGUUGGUGGCGGUUGGUGGUUUAGUGCCUGUGACUAUGUCUGCUUCACAUUAUCCUAUGCAAAUAAUAAGGAAGGUCUAUCUGGAGAGGCGCUUAUUCAAUGGCAAACAUGGAGGGGUUCCGAAUUUUCUCUUAAACAUGCUGCAAUGAUGAUACGAAGAGUUUAAUUCUUUCAUGAAAAAUAAAAACAUGUUCUUUGAUUCAUUAA